AUGGACUCGUCGGCAAGCUCCUCAGAUUUUUCAAAAUUUGAACAGUAUAUCAACAAAUUUCCUACAAAUGCAAUGGACUCGUUGAAAGAUAAAUAUGGUGAAUAUUUUGAUUUUGCAAUUCUACGAAGUGAACUUUCUAUUAUAUACUCAUCAACUGAAUUUCAUAAAGUAAAUAUUCAUGAACUUUGGAUGUAUCUCAAAUCUACUGGCUUAUCAGAUAGCCUACCACAGGUUACACAAUUAGCAUCAUUGAUUGUAACCAUUCCAGCAACAAGUGCAGGAGCUGAACGCUCAUUUUCCUGCUUAAAAAGAAUAAAGACACAUCUCAGAAACUCCCAGUCCCAAAAUAGACUUUCAGAUCUGUCUCUUUUGACAAUUGAGAUGCGAUUGUUGACCACAAUUCAAAACCAAAAUUCAUUUUAUAAUAAUGUAAUUGAUGAUUUCACUAAAAAAACAAGAAGAAUCGAUUUAAUUUAUAAAUAA